CUCGUCUGCUGUUCUCUUGUGUGUGUUGCUGAAGUAAGCAGCAUCAUUCAGUCCAGGAGUGAAGGGACCAGCAUAGAGAGACCUACAAUGAAUUUGCUUCUUCACAAGCAGGCAGGGAAGAAUCCACGUGCCAUGGACCCAGGCACAGAACUGACAUUCAUUUGACAUUCACUAAAACAGACAGAAGAGUCGUUAGCAUAAAGGUGCAUACUGCACAGACGAAGGAACUUGCAUUUGAUGGAUGAAAUGCUGUGACACAUUACAUCAGAGCUAUGACCUAAAGCAAAGACGCCAGGAAUAAUUCCUUUAUUUCUAAACCUGUGCCUGUUUUAAGAUUUUGUUCUUUGUGGUGAUCUCCCUGCAACAGAGGCCACGGUGGAGCACAGAGGGAAAAACCGGGCCAAUAUGAAGGACAAAGACUUUGUCGCCAAUGUAGAGAGGGGGAAGCCUGCUACAUACACUGGGGACAAGAAAGCAAAAAUGACAGCCAAAACCAAUAAAAAAUGGGUGAGACUGGCAACUGUUUUUGCCUAUGUGUUGUCUGUCUCUCUUGCUGCUAUAAUACUAGCUGUCUAUUACAGUUUGAUAUGGAAGCCUGUAAGAACAAGCGGAGAGCUGGCUCAUUCUAGCCCAAGCCCUGGAGGAGCCUAUAUUUCCAUUUCCAACAAUGCAACUAUUCUGUCUGAUGAGACACUAGUCAACAGCAGUGCAAGUACGAUUUCCAUGGCCAGCCUGCAUCCAGCAAAGCAGGCACGUAACCAGGCAGCGGUUUCCGAAAACACUGAAUAUAUAGGUGCCCCAACACCUGCAGCUCGUGACGCAUCUGCAGCUGAGCUCAGGGUACUUGUGGGAACCCUAAGUGAUAUACCAUCGGUGAAGGCCCAGAUAUACAGCAACAAAGAGACUGUGUCUUCAUCCACAAAUGUAAACACCAAUGCUGGAACGGAGGCCGUAAAAGCAGGCUUUGAAGACAGUGCACCAAACAGCAUCACCUCUACACAUUCACCCCACACAAAAACAGUCACGCCACCAUCAUCAGUAGAGGUGGCACUUAUUCAGACGGACAAAUAUACUACAGGAAUUCCAGAAGAUUUACAAGCAUUUCCAUCUGCACAAGGCAGUACAGAUAUUGUAGACCACUCGCUGACUGAUCAUUUAAAUGAGGAGACGAGUGGAAGUACGGAGUCAUUAAUGCAUCAAAUCAGUGAAUCUGAAAGGAGCCAUGACCCUCUAGGCUACACAGAUAGCACUCCACAUGCAUCUGUUGCAGGAAACCUAUAGGAGUCCAUAAGAAUGACUCUUCAGGGAGCGUACAAAGCCUUUUUCUUACGUAAUGGAAGACUGAGGGGAUCUGUGCAUUUUUUAAUGCUAGUCCUGGCUCAUUGGCUGGCUGUUGCCACUUUCCUGUCCUCUAAAUCGGCAUACUUCUAUUACAGCCAAAUAUUUUGUCCUAGUAGUAGGGCAGGAAUUUUUUCUUAGAUUCUGUUUGUGUUACUGCUGAAAUAAGGUUCUAAAAUGUUCUAACUGGCUCUGGGAUUAUUAUUCAGCAUUCGGAGAAUGAAGGACUCUCUACACAUCAGAUGAAUCGAAAUAUAUUUAUUUUUGUUUAAAAUAAAGCAGGUUUGUUUUGUCGGGAAGGGAGUUUGCUUAGAAUAGCUACAGAUAUUAAAUAUUUAUGUGAUAAUAAAACUCACAAGGAGUGGAGCUCAGGUAUGUUAAUAGAAUGCAUGUAUGAAAUCUGUGCAAACGUCUGUUAAUUUAUUUUAAAUCAGGGUAUGAUGCAUAAGAACAUAUUAUUUUAAGGGCUAUUGACACACAGCAUGGGUAGUAAUUAAAUAUUUUCUUUCAAAUAA